AUUCCCAACUCAACCGGAUCCAUCUCUCUCUGCCCUAACCGGUCCAUCCAGUUGCUUCUCCACGGUUCUCUCCGGUUCGUUCUCUCUCCCUAAUCACUCUCUUCACCCUUAACAAUAAAAAAAAAAAAAAAAAAAAAGCGUUUCCUCAACCUGGGUAUGCACUGGUUUCUCUAUUCCUUUUCUUCAGUUUUUUUUUUUUUUUUGUUCCUUAACCAUACCCUGAAGCUUUGAACAUUUGAAUUUUUAAAAAAGGUUGAAUCUUUGUUACAAUUUGGCUCUUGGGUUCAUGAGAAAGUGGUUGUUUAUGUUGUAGUUACACUAGCGAGUUAAUAACAGGGUUGUUAUGUCAUUAUUAAUCUCCUCAGUGGUUGAUUUUAUUAUAGGAAAUAUGGGUUCGAAUCUGGAACCAGUGCCAAUCACUUCUCAGAAACAUGACCCGGCAUGGAAGCAUGUUCAGAUGUUUAAGAAUGGGGACAAGGUGCAGCUUAAGUGCAUAUAUUGUCUCAAGAUGUUCAAAGGUGGUGGGAUUCAUAGGAUUAAGGAACACCUUGCUUGUCAGAAAGGGAAUGCUUCCACUUGUAGCCGUGUUCCUUAUGAUGUUAGGCUUCAUAUGCAGCAGAGCUUGGAUGGGGUUGUGGUGAAAAAGAGGAAGAAGCAGAAAAUUGAGGAGGAGAUUAUGAAUGUUAAUCCUUUGGCUACUGUUGUCAACCCUGUGGCUAAUCAGGUGGAUGUGAAUCAGGGGCUUCAGGCUAUUGGAGUGCACAAUUCAGUGGAGCACAAUUCAAGUUUGCUAGUGAAUCAUGGUGAAGGAAUGAGUAAAAAUAUAGAAAGAAGGAAGAAGAUAAGAGCCAGCAAGAAUGCUGCACCAGUUUAUGCAAACUCUGAGGGUGUUGUUGGUGUGGAGAAGAAUGCCUUGUUCUCCAAGAAGAUGGACAAUCACAUUCAUAUGGCAAUUGGUAGGUUUUUGUAUGAUAUUGGUGCACCUUUUGAUGCUGUGAACUCAAUCUAUUUUCAGCAAAUGGUUGACGCUAUUGCUUCGAGGGGGCCGGGUUUUGAACGGCCCUCACACCACGAACUUCGGGGUUGGAUCCUGAAAAACUCUGUGGAGGAAGUGAAGAAUGAUAUAGAUAGAUGCAAGAUGACUUGGGGGAGGACUGGCUGUUCCAUUUUGGUUGACCAAUGGACAUCAGAAACAGGAAGAAUACUGAUAAGUUUUUUGGCAUAUUGUCCUGAAGGCAUAGUCUUUUUGAAAUCCUUGGAUGCAACUGAGAUUUCAACAUCUGCAGAAUUUCUGUAUGAGUUGAUAAAACAAGUAGUAGAAGAAGUUGGAGUUGGGCAUGUACUGCAAGUGAUUACAUCAGGGGAAGAACUAUAUGCGAUUGCUGGGAGACGGUUGACUGAUACUUUUCCUACCCUUUAUUGGAGCCCUUCUGCAGCUCACUACAUUGAUUUGAUACUUAAAGAUUUUGGAAAUCUUGACUGGAUUAGUGCAGUGAUUGAACAAGCUAAAUCUAUAACAAGAUUUGUCUACAAUUAUAGUGCAAUUUUGAAUAUGGUUAAAAGGUAUACCUUAGGGAAUGAUAUUGUGGAUCCCUCUUUCUCACGCUUUGCAACAAAUUUUACCACAUUGAAGAGGAUGGUUGAUCUUAAACACAAUUUGCAGGCCUUGGUCACUUCUCAGGAGUGGGUGGAUUGCCCAUUUUCAAAGAAACCAGCAGGUCUCGAAAUGUUAGAUUGCCUAAGCAAUCAAACAUUUUGGUCCUCAUGUGACAUGAUAGUUCGUCUAACAGCUCCUCUCUUAAAAGUUCAGAGAAUAGCUGGUAGUGAGAUGAGACCUGCAAUAGGGUACGUUUAUGCUGGAAUGUACCGGGCAAAAGAAGCAAUUAAGAAAGCACUUGUGAAGAGGGAGGAUUAUAUGGUGUACUGGAGUAUUAUACAUCAUAGAUGGGAAAGGCUGUGGCAUCAUCCUCUUCAUGCUGCAGGCUUCUACCUUAAUCCUAAGUUCUUCUAUAGUAUUCAAGGGGAUAUGCACAGCGAGAUUCUCUCAGGGAUGUUUGAUUGCAUAGAGAGAUUAGUACCAGAUACAAGAGUCCAAGACAAAAUUAUAAAAGAGAUAAACUUAUACAAGUCUGCUGCAGGAGACUUUGGGAGAAAGAUGGCAGUCAGAGCUAGAGAUAAUCUGCUUCCUUCUGAAUGGUGGUCAACAUAUGGAGGAGGCUGCCCUAACUUGUCACGUUUAGCAAUUCGUAUUCUCAGCCAAACAUCCAGUGUGAUGUCCUGCAAGAGAAACCAGAUUCCUUUUGAACAAAUAAUCAACACAAGGAAUUAUAUAGAGCGCCAGCAUCUUACUGAUCUUAUCUUUGUUCACUGCAACUUACGAUUAAGACAAAUGUUAAUGAGUAAAGAACAAGAUUCCAGUGACCCCCUAUCAUUUGACAGCAUUAGUAACGUUGAAGACUGGAUUGGGCCAAGGGAUUUGUACUUAGAAGAGUAUGGGAACUCAGAUUGGAUGGCACUGGAUCCAUCUUCUGUUAACACAAUGCUGUUAAGGCCUUUAAAUGAUGAAGCAGAAGAAUUGGGUGAAGGGUUUGAUGAUCAUGAGAUUUUCAGUUUUGUGAAAGAUAGCGAGGAUGAAAAUACUGGAGACAAGUUGGUAAACCAUUAGUGAAUGAUCAGAAGAACCAUGCUUUUGCGUGUGGAAUCUGUGCUGAGUCUGCUGACAGAUUUCCACAUUAUUGUCCAAUGCAGAAAAAAGUGUAAUAUCCACUUGUUUCCAUGGUUUCCCAAGUGCUGAUUGGUGAAAAUUAAUCUUGGAAAUUCAUUGAAGGAAACUGUUGAGGUGCUGGUUGGACAAGUGAGGGGCAUCCAAAUCAUUGUUAGAUAUAUGAACAGGCAUGGAUUGCAAUAUUCUUGUACAGUUACCUGUAUUCUAUUUAUUAAUUUUUCUCUAUUUCUUGCACUAGUAGAGUGUACAGAUCUUGCAAACUAACUGAAAAUAAGUUGAUAAGGAAAGGGACCAAUUAGAAGCUUUAAUUUUUCAUUUUUGGCUAACUCUUAGAAUUUCUAGAAUAGAUUAUCCCAAUUGUUCAAGUGGAUGCAUCGCUGAUUUUCCUGUAUGGAUUUACUUUUUAUGG